GGAGGGAAGAUGAAGGUGUUUCUGGCCUCCGGCGCGGGAGGGGGCCGGGGAGAGGAGUACGAGGGGGUUCCGGGGCGCUGGCUCUGAAAUCUGGGGCAGCUCCGACUUUGCCUUGCUGUCAACCCCAACUGUGCGCGGUAGGGCUUAUCCCUGGCGUCCAAGGCAGGAACGGCUGAGACAACCGUAGACUUAACCCUGGACCGUGAGAGUCCGGGAGUGGGCGUUUCACUUUUCCUGCGUCCCGGGAGCCCCUGAGGCAGUGGCCUUUGACCUUUGAAAUGUGUGCAGUUUCUGCUUCACCAGAUAAUCUGAUAUUCUGUGUGAAGAAUGGGAUGAGAAGUACGAAGUAUAAACCAGUGGACUAUCAACAAUUGCAUGCAUUAACUGAGGCAAAAAAAUUAGCUUCUGCAUCUUCAGAGCUAAAGAUCAGAAAAGCAUUGCAGACAUCAAAGAUCUCUAAAGAGCGGAGGCUGAUAAAACAACACAAGCAAGUGUGGUGGCAGGAACACCACAGGCUCAAUCAAGUCAGAACCAAAACUGAAUCUGAAAUAAAAUGCUUUCUCAAUGAAGAGAAUGUUGGAAAUGAAUGUCUUUGUGACCUUAAAAAUUUUGAACAAGAGUUAUCAGAACAAUGGGGCACAUUCCUUAAGAAUGUGAUCAACCCCAUUCAGCAAUUGAGGGCAGAUCUCAAGCACAGGGAGCCUCACAUCUUUCGGCCUUCACACCCCCACACUGAAGUUAACUCAGCGAAAGCACUGCAAGAGGUUGACUUUGUGAAGAAACAAUUGAAAGCUGUCUUCGAAAGACUUAGCCUGGAGCAACAGGAAAUAGAAACUGAUCUUUCAGACUGGAAUAUGAAAAUACUGGCUCAUUCUUUGGAAGAGAAAACUAACCUGCUAAGUGAACUUCCCACUGAAUUAGAAGCUUUGGACUGCCCAUAUCCUGAGUUGAAAUCUGCGAUCCUUAAUGAGUUCUGUAACUUUACAGAGAAAUAUCGAAAGAAACUUCAAGCUGCUGAUCAGCAGUUGGAAGACAUAUUCAGAAACUUCCAACUCAGUGAAGGAGACCAUUGGAUUUAUCAAGCUGUUUUGGACCAGUAUCCUGGAGAUCUCUAUGGCAGAAGGACUCUCUAUCUGGACAUGUUACAAAGAUACUUUCCUCACAAAUCUAGGCAUGAUUUGGUUGAGCAUGAGAAAUAUUGUGACCAAUAUCACUUUGCUAGGGAGCAGCGAAGGAUACUGAUGUCAAAUUGGCGUAAGAACAGGAAAGAUUUUAUACAGAAGGCUGUGCUGACCCUCGCAGAGGCUUGUGCAACUCAUGAAAUGGAAAGCACCUUGGCUAAGGACAGGAAAAGGCAACAGGAGUUGUGUGCUGAUCUGAAAGCCAAGGUACUUCAAUGGCGAGCCCACCAGGAAGAGGUAGCAAUGUUGGAAAUGGAAAUUUCUGAGAGAAGAAGAGAAAAGGAAAAGGAGAGAGAGAAACUGUGGAAGAAGAAAGAAUUGUUACAGAGAGAAGAGAAGAAAGAAAAGAUAAGAAAAUACUGGGCUAAGAAAGAACAAAAGUGGCAAGAAAUGGAAAUGAGAGAUCUCCAGCGUCUAGAGGAGCUGAAGAAAUUAAUCGCCGAACAGUCGGCAAAAGACAAAGAGAGGGUUAAAUAUAGACAAGAUUUAUUGGAAAAGCGUUUGAUGGAGAAAAGGGAAGCAGCCCUCCAAGAAGCACACGAAGAAGAAGAGAGACAGAGGCGGCUGGAGGCCCUUAGGCAACAGGUUGCUGUUGUCGCUCAAUUUGAUCCCAUUAGAAUGAUGUCAGAUACAAUGGCAUCCAAAACUAGAAUGGAUACUGAAAUUGAAGAAUUUAUUCUUCAAAAGCCACUCUUCACUUUGAACACAUACAAUGAAAAGCAGAUAAUUUCUGACCCUAGACUUCGCGUGGAGUUAGCACUUCGAGAAGCUGGGCUUCAUAAAACACAUUAUGCCAAAGAGAUAUUACCAAAAAUCAGUCCUCAAAAACCUCCAAGAAGGGACAUGGAGUCUACCGUGUUUAAAACCUAGAGGUCAUCCUCAAAUAUGUAAACAAUAUUUUUCUUCAGGAACACUGAUAUGGAUAACUAUAAUUGCUACUCUCCAAAUUUUUAAAUAUGUCUGAAAUAGAAAUGCUUGCAUCUAUUAAAAUAA